AUGAAGUUCUUCAGGAGGAAAGAGAAGAAAAAGUCCUCUUACCUGGACAUCCCAGGUAGCACUUCCAGCUUCUCCGGUCGCCGCGGCUCCCAGCAAGACGUCGAUGACCGGUUUCGAUAUCAACGAUCGGGAACUACCCCACCUCCCACUCUAGCCUCGUCGAGAGCGCUCGCCCAGCUCGCACCAACCGUCCUCGAGCGCAUUUUUUACUUUGUCUGUCCACAAUCACUCGACGAAUCCUACGAGACCUGUGAACAGAGUGCUGUUGAGGAUGCGUGCAUGCUCUGUGACUUGAGAGACCUCGCCCAUUGUGUGCAGGUUUGCAGGGCAUGGCAUCCGGCUGCGAGAAAGUUACUUUACCAUAGCAUUCGUAUCGAUUCCGUACAUUACUGCGAACGCGAAGCCUACCUCGCCGAACGUCGAAGGCGCCGCACUUUCGACCGAAAUGGAGAGCCCGAAGAUACCGCUCAUGCUCGCCUCAAGCUGCUCUGCCGCACUCUGCGCGACGACCCUACUCGCCUCGGUGCGCGUGUGCACUUCCUAAAGACGCCUUAUAUGCUACGAGAGAGCUGCCAGGCAGACCUUGCGCGCACCAUUGCUGUUUUGCCCAACUUGCGCUACGUCGACCUUCCAGAAGGCCUUUUUUCCGACGACCCCGCCUUUUCCACGUUACGCCUCGAAGUCCAAGCGAGAUGCGCCGAUCUGAGGAAGAUGACAUACAUGUCGGGUUCCGAGAGAAGCCUAGAGCUUCUAGCGAGGGGCCUCCUAUGGAGGAAUCUCGAGGUGUUGGAGCUGAUCAGGUUGAAUGUGGAUCCCAUCAUACUGCGACACGUCCUUGGCGCUUUAGCCAAUCUCCGUGCGCUCAAGGUUACCGAGAUGAGGAGCUUUUCCGACGAUGUGUUCGCGUACAAUGAAAACCUACCUCACUUCCCAGCUGUUUCGGAAUUGAUUCUGAAGAAGACGCCGAGAGUGACGGAGGCGGGGCUAGUGGAGUUUUUGAGUAGGCCCGAUGCGAGCUCUGCUCUGACUGUCCUGUCGUUGUGGAAGACCGGAGUCAAGCCUACCCGCGUGCAAGAUGUGUUAGAACACGCACCUAACCUAAAGGCUCUUUCAAUCUACGACACGGUAGACGCUGCUAUUCCGAGCGGCGCGGGCUUGAAGAGGAUGGCCUCGCGGUCUCUCGAAACAAUAAGGUUCGAGGUUAACAACCGUUCGGAUGACGGGCCUUACUCAACCGCCGCGGCCAGUCACUAUACCUACUUCGCCUCAUCUAUCCUAGCUGGGGGCCUUCCUCGACUACGGGCAGUCUAUGUUCGCGACCCAACCUUCCCAGAUCAGCUCCUCGGCAUUGAUUUGCCCCCCGUUCCUACUUUCCCUAGCAGUGGGCGCCCCUCCUCCUCACAUGGCGCUGGCUCUCGGCAGUACCCGCCACCGCCGAACAGCUAUCAUAACCUUUCCCUGUCGCCACCGCAGAAGCGAGCACUGGACCCCACGGUCCGUUUUAGUUCAAACAACCCCUUUGCGGGGACCGGUGCUCUGACCCACACGCUGGAGGUGUUCACGAAGAGCGAGGAGUCGAUGGAUUGGAGUUUCAUCAAAGUACAACCGUUGAACGGCGGCGGCAGCUCCUUCGGUCCCCAGUCCAGAUUUAGCGGCGGCGCGAGAAGAGGCAGCCAGUCACAGCGUCCGACUAGCAGUUACGGAUUGGGAACGGACGUCACCGGUAUGGGCUGGAAUACCGGUGGUGCACGACGUAGUGUCAUGGUUGGGAACGGGACCGGAGGAUUCCUUGCUAUCCCGAAUGACUCCGGAGGGCGUCAGCAAGAUGAGCCUGAGCUGUGGCCGCGACCGAGAAGCAGUGCGGGGGAGAAGGGAGACAGGGAUUUAUGGCGCUGA